AUGCACCAAGAUCAACAGAGCUCUAUGCAUCUCAAGGCCUGCAAUCGAAUCGCUGCCCCCGUUAUCAAGCAGAGACUACAAGCUAUCUCCGGCAGAGUAGGCGAGACACACUCGAAGCUAAUCGAGGACUGCUUCCGGCGGGGCGACAGCUUUGAACUAGACCCGACUAUAUUAUGCCGCCGUCUACUCCGACUCAACAUGGCCGCGAUUCAUACUACCAGCAUUUCUAUCACGAACGUGCUUCUUGACCUAUACACUUUACCCGACGCGUCCGUAGUUGUCGAGGGUCUGCGAGGGGAGUGCAAGCGGGUGCUGUCGGCGCACGAAGGAGUCUGGAGCAAAGCAGCCAUCGGCGAGCUUCACCGCGUUGAUUCUACGAUCAAAGAGUCUAUGCGGCUCCGCAGCUUCGGCCUGAUUGGUACAAACCGAGUUGUUACUUACGAGAAUAGUAUCAGGUUCGGCGACGGCACACCAAUUCCAGCUGGCGUGCGAAUUGCAACGCCUAUCGAUGCUAUCUACCGUAACUCCCAGUUCUACCGGGCGCCGGACGACUUCUAUACCUUUCGGUUCUCUGAACAGAUCGAGACUAAAGUCACGCUAGUAUUGACCAAGAAGCAUCAUGAUACUUGCGGAGACAGUGCCGCAGGAGGCAUCUUGGCCAACAGAGAACACGCCCUCGUAACUACUUCCGAUACAUUUCUCGUGUUUGGUUACGGUCGACAUGAGAUGAAGCUGAUGCUCGCUCACGUCGUUAUGCAUUACGAUUUGCGUAUAGAAGGUCCGCGGCCAAAGAAUACCGAUCUAGGCAUUGCGUCUUUACCAAGUCAAAAGGUCAAGAUCCAGAUAAGGAAGAUAGUGUAA